AUGACCGUUACAAUGUCAGAAGUUGAAUUGCGAUUGUGUUGUAAAGGUACUGUACAAUACGGUUUUCCAGUGUUUCCUUGUUUACAGGAAACGUUGGUUUCUAAAUCAAAUUUUGUUUCAUUUCUAGAAUCUUCAAGAGAUCAUCUGAAUCUCUUCAGUAAUCGACAACAGCCAAAGAAAAAGAGAAAAUCCAGGACUGCUUUUACAAAUCAUCAAAUAUUUGAACUAGAAAAGAGAUUCUUAUAUCAAAAAUACUUAUCACCAGCAGACAGAGAUGAAAUCGCUCAAUCGCUGGGUCUUACUAAUGCCCAAGUCAUAACAUGGUUUCAGAAUCGGAGAGCAAAAUUGAAGAGAGAUAUGGAAGAAUUGAAGAAAGAUGUUACAGCUGCUAAGAUUCAACCCAUUCACUCAGCUUUACUCGACAAUAUAGAAGAUCUCACUUUGUUAAAAAAGGAACUACAUAAAAAGACUAAUUGACCAUUGUGUACAUAUUUUACUUUCAAAAGACUACACUUAUUUAAAAGAUGAAUACAUCAUGUCUGGAUUUUUAUAUAAAUCCAGAAUUUAAACAAAAAUAAUAAUUAAAAAAACAAAUAAUAAUAAUAAUAAUAAUAAUUCUAGACUUUACAGGGUGAUCAGUACUUUCCCGGAUGAUUUCACAUAUCACGUGUACAUAGCCCCGAUGUACUGAGUGCCUUGCAUUUUGUGUGUAAAUACUUCGGAGUGGAAUCUGUUCAUGUUUCUCCUUGUAUAAAUUUAUUCAAAGCUUUUCCAAAAAUUUUAGAACUGUACUUAAAUAAAAAAAACACAAAAAAAAUACUAGGACCUAUAGGCUUGUAGGUAUGUUAAAAUUCUGUACAGUAUCUAGAUUCUAGAAAGCUUUUAAAUUUUAUUCUUCUCUCGAAGUCUUC